GACUGGGUUUUGUUUGGCUUCCAUGGAAACAGGACGGACCACUCGUACGAAGGGUUUAAGGAUUGUUAGGCGGCGUGAUGAUAAUGUGCCUUCAUGCUCGUGACGUGAAUCUGCAUGUUUCGAGACGCUGUAUCCGACAUUCGACCGCUCCUUCAUUGCCUGUAACGAUGCAGAAGAUUAUGUUUCUAUGACGAGGCGAUCUCAUGCUUUAAUCGUCAGGCUACGUGAACAUUUGUGGGAUUACCUCGAAGCUGAUCAACUUGGAGGAAAUGAAAUCUCGAUGAAGUGUUCGUGCUUGUAAAUUUCUCCUGUUUGGGCUCUGUGGGACUGGAGAUGGGGCUCUCGAAAGGACCUGAGAAGAAAGGCAGUAUUGUCAGCGCCACUCGUUCGGAGAAAGAUCAGGCGAAUUCUCACAAGAAGGAUGCGAGUACGGCGGGAAAGAAGACUGCAGCAGUCGAGUCUUCUGGACAGGAGGUGAAUGAUAUCCAUGUUGUGGGAAAAUCUUCCAAGAGUGAGAUAGAUGAAAUUUUCGGAAACAAGAAACGGAAGGUUGUGGUACCCGAGCAGGACUUGCACGCUGAACUUGCAGCUCAAACGAAGAAUAAGAAGAAGAAGAAGAAGGGCGGAGAGGCAGAGAAAUCUGUAUCAAUAAGUUCGAAUCGUCCAUCUUCGAAUUCUGUUACUCCAUCUUCUGCGAAAGCUAGGAAGAAGACUAUUGAUGGAUUCACGAUAUAUUCGGAAGAUGAGAUUGGGUUUGGCAAAAAAAAUGCUGGUGGCACUUCAUUGUGUCCAUUCGACUGCGAGUGCUGCUUUUAGGGUUUUAGGGUUCAUGGUAGGAAGAAAUUCUGGUUGUAGUUGGUCCCGAGAAACGUCUCGACUUACGUUUCUUUCCAAAAUCUCAACGGACUGUACUUGGUUUAGGCUUCAGCCAGAUUGUGACGCUAGGUGUUCCAUUCUCAAGUGAAUUGUUUCCACGCUUCAGCAACGAAACGAAAUUAGGUUUCGUAUUUUCCCUUGAAUAGAGAGGUAUACGUGAUUUUCACGAAAGCCCAGGCUUACUGUAGCAAUUUUUCCUUGAAAGUGUGUCUACUUUUUAAAGUUUUCAGGAUUGAUGCGUGGUGGUCCUUUUU